AUGAGAAGCCUGUAAAAGCAGUGAUUUAAAGUCAUGAUGAUACAGACUCCGGUACAGCAAGAGGCCCUGAUGCGCCUUUAAGGUCGGUUCGUAGUCCGCCAGUAAACCACAGAAGAAGAAGAUGAAUCACAGUAAACUAAACUGGAUUGGUUUAAGCUGACUCGCUGCUGACGGAGCUCCUCCGCGCGCAGCGUUUGUAGAUCUGCGGUUUUGUAGCUGAAGCAUAGCUAGCUAGCAGCUAGCAGCUAGCUGGGUCACGACAUUACAGUCAGCUGAUUAAUUCACAUGACUUUCCCAGUUUCGGGCAGGUCCUGUUUACCGGCGCCGCGAAAGAGCUGCUGAUAAUCUGUUUUAUACGACGGAUUCAGUCAUGCUGUAUUUAGUUUGAGAACUACACAGAGAGGACAAAUGGCUAAAGAUAUCGCAGGUUUAACAAAGAGCUAACUAUGUCAUUAAUAGCACACUGAGACCGCGCAGCCGCAGAGAAGAGCAGCCAGAGGUUUAGCUAAACACUUCAACACUGUUGAUGUGCUGGUGAUUUAUUUUCCAUUCACUUCAUCAAGAGAUUUGCAAAUAACCUCCAAAAUGACUCCAGAGGGGAAGAGGCUGUUAAACAUCAUCAUCCUCGGCUUCGGCUUCAUGUUCAUGUUUACUGCGUUUCAAACAUGCGGUAAUAUAGAGCAAACUGUUAUCAAGAGCUUCAACAGCACCGAGUUCCACGGCAGCGGAUACACGAGCAUGGCCAUCAUCUACGGAGUUUUCUCUGCAUCCAACCUGAUCGCCCCGUCAGUGGUGGCCGUCAUCGGACCGCAGCUGUCCAUGUUUUUCAGCGGGCUUUUGUACAGCGGUUACAUCGCCAUGUUCAUCUAUCCGUAUACGUGGAGCUUCUACACGGCGUCUGUGCUGGUUGGAGUAGCAGCAGCAGUCUUGUGGACCGCUCAGGGAAACGUGCUCGCCAUCAACUCCACGGACGCCAACAUCGGGAGAAACAGCGGCAUAUUCUGGGCGCUGCUGCAGUUCAGCUUGUUCUUUGGGAAUCUCUACAUAUACUGCGCCUGGCACGGACACGUUCACAUAACAGACAAGGACCGUCAGACCGUCUUCAUCUCUCUCACCGUUAUCAGUCUGGUCGGCUGCUUCCUCUUCUUCCUCAUCCGGAAGCCCGACGCUGAAUCCGCUCCGUCGGAGACGUCGGAGUCGGAGUUCGCAGAGAGCAGCUCUGUAGUCAGCUCACCACAGUCGAGUCUCGGAGCUCAAGCGCUGGAUGCUUUUGUCAAAGCCUGUAAACUCUUCGUCACUAAAGAGAUGCUGCUGCUCAGCUUGUCCAUUGCGUAUUCAGGCUUGGAGCUCACCUUUUACAGCGGGGUGUACGGGACGUGUAUCGGCGCCAUGACGCAGUUCGGCAAAGACGCCAAGAGUCUGAUCGGCAUCUCCGGCAUCUGCAUCGGCUUAGGAGAGAUCUUAGGUGAGUCUUCAGUCUCUUCUUCUUCUUCUUCUUCACCCUCGUUCAUGAUGCACGUUAAAAACACUGCAGAGAGAACCAGGAAGCAACCGUUUCUCUCUCUCCUCCUCUCUGUGCGAUCAGGAGGAGGCGUGUUCGGGAUGCUGAACAAGUGCAACAAGUUCGGGAGGAACCCGGUGGUGCUGCUGGGACUCAUCGUACACUUUGUGGCUUUUUACUUGAUCUUCCUGAACAUCGCCAGCGACGCUCCUCUGGCUCCGGAGGAAGGAACCGACCUGCAGGCCUACAUCACCCCCAGCGUGGGCGUGGCGUUGCUCUGCAGCUUCCUGCUCGGUCUGGGCGACAGCUGCUUCAACACGCAGCUCCUCAGCAUCAUCGGCUUCAUGUACCGAGACAACAGCGCCCCCGCCUUCGCCGUCUUCAAGUUCAUCCAGUCCAUCAUGGCCGCUCUGGCCUUCUUCUACAGUAACUACCUGCUGCUGCACUGGCAGCUGCUCAUACUGGUCCUGGUGGGUUUCCUGGGCUCCAUGACCUUCUUCGUGGCCGAGUGGAUGGCCGAGUCCAACCGGCGGGAAUCAGACUACGACAGCAUCUGAUCUGUUUAUAGUGAGGAGGAGGAGGAGGAGGAGGAGGAGGAAGAGGAGGAGGAGGAGGAGGGCACAGCUGGAGGUGUUUCGCUCUCCACAGCUGGAAAAAAAAAAUCACCCAGGGACGAUGAAAGCCACCGCAGCCUCGGCUGGCGGAGACUGGCGCUGUGGUAUGUUUUGGUUUUUUUUAACGGAGCUGCGCGGUGGCGGCCGCAGGAGAGCUGAACGUUAACCUUCAUCUCUCCACGUUUAUCUUUUACUACAUCGAAGGCACGAGGAGACGCCGUGUGCACGCCAGAUAUACCUCAUCUUUGGUUCACUCCCGGCCUCGCAGUUAUUAUUUCGUGCACACGGGGUUUUUCAAAUUAAUACAACAAAAUCAUGAAAAUAUAUAACCAGCCGUCACAGAGGCAUGAUGGGUAAAGAUCUGUUAAUUAAACGAAAAAGCACUUUUGACUCUUUGACCUUUCAACACUUGUAUAAAGAGGCUCUGAGGAAUCACA